CAUGCGUACUACAGACCGGCCGGACAGGCGGAUCGGGAAGCGUCCAACCUUCCCGCACUGUCCCACACACACAACAGGACUAGCUUAACAUCGAGAGUUGAGCAUGGGCGCAAGAUAGGAGUACCGUUGCCCUGUAUAUUGACGGAUAUAGAUGAGAGUAGAUCUUAUUUUAUAACAUUAAGUGGGUUAAAGUCGUCGUUCAGUGAGUGGCUGCCGUGGAAGUCACAGUUUUUUUCUUAGGCAGCCAUGGGUGGUUUAGGUAAUGGUCGUCGUGGUGGAAGGUCCCCUCCGCUAAUGAUUGGUGCCUUGAUCGCCUGUAUCCUAGUACUGGGCUUCAACUACUGGGUGUCCAGCUCCCGCAACCUGGAGCUUCAGACCAAGCUGUACGAGCUGGAAGGCCAGGUGAGGCAGGGGACGAAUGAGCGGGGGGUGGCAGAGCUGAAGAAGAUUGAGUUCCAGGAGCAGAUCCAGGGGCAGAAGGAGCAGAUCCAGAGGCAGAAGGAGCAGGCCAGCAGCAUAGAGGAGCUAUACAAGAGGCAGCUGGAGGAGGCUCAGAGCACCUGCGGCAAAGACAAGGGCACAAUGCAAUUGAACAUUUCCUCCAGUACUAAAACAAUACAACAACUCAAAGGUCAGAUUAGCCAGCUGAAUGGAGACUUUGGGAAGCUUCAGAAGCAACUGCAGGGUUGCCAAGGAAGCCUGGACACACUUAACAAGAAGUUCACUUAUGAAAUGACCCAGUGUAGCACACAGAUGCUGUCCCAGAAGGAGGUCUGUGAUGAGAGGGUGGCAGAGGCUCAGAAGAAGCUGGACAUGCUCAAGCAAGCUCCCGCAGUGUCAAAGCAGGCCGACGCGGGCGCGGCUCCGACAGGAGAGGAAGAGAAGGCACGUAAACAAGCGGAGGAGGGGAAGCUGGGGCUCGACGACACCAAGACGCUGCCCGUGGUAAACCACAGCCCUGCCCAAGCCAAUGCAAAAGAGGCCUCUGAACUACUGACCAAUGAGAUCAUCGUAAACAAAGGCCUGGAGGCCCCCGGAGCAGAGACCCCAGACCAGGGUCUCCCCCUACCAGAGUCUGAGUCGGUGGUCCGUGUGGCUGCAGCACGCCUGAACACCUUACCGCCACUAGAGGGCGCCGCGACGCCUCAGCACGAGGGACCAGCCUCUCUGAAACCACAGAGAAGUAAUCUGACAGAGGGUGCUGCAGUGGAGGUGAUGGAUAUUAAGGACGAGGAAAUUGAAGAAGCCGACCCCGGCCUGGACGACAUGCUGAUUGAACAGGACAAGGUGGAGGCGGCCGUCGGUCAGAAGGUCACAGAGCCGGGGGAUUACGACGCAGAUGAACAAAUGCCGGGCGGGGUUGACUUGGAGAAAGCCCAGAAUCAGAGGAUGGAGAAUACAGACAAGGAGAUGGAGGAGGAGGUGGCCGACUACAAUGGAGACGAAGACAACGAAGGGGAGUUUGAGGCUGACAAACAGGCUGAGCUGGCUCAGGACUGAGGGCUGAACAGGAAAUCGAAAGACUAUCCCAUGGACCACAGUCUCCUCCUAGGCUUAAGCAUAGUUCAAGUCAAGGUCAUAUCUUCCAAUGAAUCCAUCCAAGAAUCCAUACUGAACGACUUUCUGUAGGACAGGUCUGCAGUUUUGAGGUAUACACUGAAAAGGAAUAUUGAAUGGAAAAUGACAGGCAGUAAUUGCGUUACCAUUAGACUGUAUUUGAUCACUGUUGGCGAAGUCUAAAUAUGCCGCUAAAACGAAAAAGCACACAUAAUCUUCUAUUAGCUGUAUUUCCAACUUUCAAAGCUGCCUGAUCAGAAAAGCGUGGGACUCAAGAUCACGUAAAAUCUGUAGCCUCCUGAAGACGUUUCCACAUUAUUAUUGGUUGCACAUUUCCAACGCUUACGAAUGGCUUGUUUUGCAUAUCUUGCUCAGUUGUGUGCUGUGAUCGAGAAACAAGAAAACACUGUAUCCAAACGAGGAGCUGUGACUCCGCGUGAAAGACGGUCUUAUAAUUGAUGAUGGACUUCCUCCACAAGGAGGCGCUAAGUCACCAACCCGGUCCUCCUCCUUGUGAUUAAUGGCGGUAUCUCAGCUUUUCUGCCUUAAGAAAUAGCACAGGCUGCGAGGAAAGACUCUGUGAUAGCAGUGCUGAUCAUGGGUCAAUGUAACUUUAAUGUCGGCGCUGACAGCAGAAGCUCUAUUCUGUCCCCCCAUGCUUUUGUUGUGGUUUUAUUCUGGGAUUAGAAGAAGGGAUGAGGAUUCCGGUCUUUUAACCCUCAGGUUUGCUUAUUCGCCUGUGAACCCGAGACCCGUGGGAUCUGCAAAGUAGGCUUUUGACUAGCCAUGAUUUUUUUUUAAUGAAGGAGAUUUUUUGGAACCAACACAAUCAGGAACAAUGUGAAAAUCUUGGAGAGAACAUGUAGAAUAAAUCAUGAGUUAUGAACUGACAAACAGCCGUUAUGAAAGGCAUCGCAGUUGCCUUCACUCAAAACCAAACACAAUUCAAAACUAAUGUCAAACAUUCAAACAUAUCUGGUUGCCUCGUAUUUACACAGGACAGCGUAGUCCGAGUGGUUUUAAAAUGGUACCCUUAAAGAUGUAUAUUUUGAGCCAUUUCCAACAUGCUUAUCCCGCCGAUCGGUUUUUCGUUAUCGCAAAGAGGCAAUAUUGUUUUGUUACUAUUGGUUGGUCGUUGGGUCAAUAUGAGCGUUGGGCUCAACGUAACAAACUAUUUGUGGGAAGAUGUUUUCUUCAAGAAUAAGAUCCCUGUAAUGCUCUGUUCAAAACGUCCUCCAUUGUUCAUCAAAAGUAAGGUAUCAUGGUUGCUGUCUGCACCCACGGCUGAACCUUUUCUUAUUAUUAUUUUAUGAUUUUGAUCCAAUGUUUAAUGUUAUAUUUAUUCAGAUCAUUUGUGAAAAAAUAGAUACGUUGUCAAUUUGUUUUAAAUGAUUAUGCUUUUUAUAGGAGAAAUUACAAAAUUACAAAUAAAGCAUUUUUGCUACCAUUGUU